UAUACUUACCUACAAUCAUACCGGUCAAUAUAAUACUAUAACCGUUGGUCGCACACCGUUUAGUAUUCGACCAGUCACCGCGUGCUUCACUUGUGCUUGUAAACUUCUCAUCUCGUCCAUAUAUUAUUCGCACACAAUAGCAGCCAUGACGACGGUUCACAGUGCAAAGGCCGCCUUGUUGCUGGUGUCUCUGGGCGCGUUCGCCUACCAGAUGACCACGGUCCAGGGGUACGCCAAGGGGGCGCCGACGGAAGUGUGCGAAGACAUGACUCCCCAGCACGGCGUCGGCCCGAAGACCACGCCGUCGCCUUACACGCUGUCGGUCAACCAAAAGUCCGUCAAGCCCGGCGGCAACCUGGUGUUGUCGCUGUCCGCCAAGGAUGGCACCAAGUUCAAGGGUUUCAUGAUGCAAGCCCGCGACGAGGUCACGCACAACCCCAUCGGCACGUUCAUGCCGGUGCCCACCGCCACGGGACUCAAAGAGUUCAAGAACAAAGUGCUGGCCCUGCAUUGCUCCAAGGGUGCGGGAGGAAACAACACCAUCACUCAUAACAAUCCCACGGAAAAAGGCAGACUCGUGAUGGCGUGGCAUGCGCCGGCUGAUUUGAAAAACAGCUUUAAAUUCAGGUACACGGUGGCCAAGAACGGUGGAGAAUUUUGGGUGGGAGUCGAGUCCGGCAUCAUCACUGUAGACAAGUGAUUCUUGAAGGAGAAGAAAACCGACCUCGCAGCCUAAGCACAGACACCACCCAGUGUGUACGGUAUAU